AUGGCGAAGUCAUCUACUCUAUACCUCUUGAUCACUCUUCUUGUCUUCGCCUCCUUGGAUGGAGCAAAGAUGGCGGUGGAAGCUAAAGAAUGUUGGGCUACGUGGGAUUGCGAUGGUCAAGAUCGUUGCCGGGCGGACUGUAAAAAGCGUUAUGGCGGGAUAGGAGUUUGUGACAAAUACACAGCUCCCUUUGUUCCGUUGCAGUGCUUUUGCGAUUAUGAUUGUUGAGAGGAGGGUGAAAAGGAAAACAAAACAUAAGAAAAAAAAUAUAAAUAA